AAUUUGUGGAGCAAUCAUCCUCACGCUCUUUAACAAAAAUCUUUAAGGAAAAACAAAGUUUAAUAUCAAGAUUAUAUAUUUAAAACAAAUUAUCACAUUCUAUUUUCCAAAAUUUUGGCGAAUCGUUCCCGUCCCAUAGGAUCCUUCAAUAAUUCACGCAUACUAAAUGCCCAUCGUUUGCAGCGGCGCAUAGAAACUUCGUUGCUACAAAAUUGAAAUAAGAUAUUCUUUUCUUUGCAGAUUUUUCAGACGACCAAUUAAAUUGUUUCAAGUGGACAGCUGAACAAGGCCAAUUUCUACUUUAAACGCUGUGACAACAUGUAAUUGUGCAUUUUUAUAAUGAACCCUAUAAACCUUUAAGCGAACAAAAAAAAAUAAUUUGAAAGAAAUAAAAAUUUAACCAAAAACGCGUUAUGAUACAUAACCAACCCCCAACAUUUAUAUUAACAAAAUCAGCUGCAUUAAGAGUCCUUCAAGAAUCCUGUUUCCAAUACUGCCGCUAACCUUUUAAAUCAUCAUUAAUGGGGCAAAAUAAUGUUUGGGUCAUAUGAUCUAAAAAUGGCCAAAUUGCUUAAAAAAUUUAUUGCUCAAUCUCAACAACCACCACCACAGCCACAAAAUACCGCAAUAUAUUAAUUUUAAUAAUGAUAAUUAACGAAAAACAUUUUUAACGCCUUUUAUUCAUCCUAAUGAUAAUUGUCGAUCAUCAUCGCUAAACAGAUAAACGGCUAAACAGCUAAAAUACUCAACAACGAUCAACGAAACUUACAAAAGAAAAUCCUAAUAAUUAAUUCACCACGCAACUCACUCACAUUUGUGAGCAUUCCAACACACAUUAAAAUUCUCUUAACCAUACUGUGAUAUCAAAAACCAAAAGAUGAAGUCGUUGGCCUUAAACUUGUUCCAAAAAAUACUUCCACGUUUGCUGCUCCUACUGUUGAUACUUUUGGGAGUGAUGGCAGCGACGGGGACGGGGGCCAAGGCAACGACGCUGGAAGGUGCAUCAUCCACAUUAACAUCAACAGCAUCAUCUUCAUCACCAGCAACACACAGCAGAGUUUCAUUAAGAAAUAGAUCCUCUAACGCGCGUACCACCACACCAGCGCCUCCCUCUUUGCCAAAGCCACCACAAUUGAGACGUCGUGCUACCAGCACCACAACCUCAAGCAGCAAUUCGGCACUGGCAUCAGCUGUCUCCACAAAAUCGCCUGUGCCGGUUCCAAGCCAAAGGCAAAGACGUCCUCAGAUCUCUAGACAGCACGCGGCAGCAUCAUCAGCAGAAAUUAUGGCUAGCACCAGCUCAAAGCCGGCACUCAUAAGCGAGAUCUCCUCCGGCCAGGCAUCGACGAGGCUGGCAAGGCAUGUGGAUGCCACCACUCCACAAACGAAGAAUGACGAUGUAAGCAUUGGUCGCAGUAAUGUGCGACAGCAUCGUAGUUUCCAAAGCAAUAGCAACGGCAAUGCUCGUCAUUCCUAUGAAGAUGUGGAGACGUCAAAACAAAAAACUCCAGUCAUACAAAAACGCCGCUCUUACACUCGUGUCGACUCGACCACCACCACCACUGAGGGCACUAAAAGCUCCGCCGAAAGUCCAUUGCCCAGACAUCAGCGUCUUAGAACGACAACGAAUUACAAUACCAAUAGCAAGGCACCACCAUCACCACUAUCCUCAUCAUUGUCAGCCUCACAUGCCGAUGGCCGACCAUCAGUUGGUCCUAAUCGAAGCAUAUCAGCUCCAACGCCGCCACAAACUGGCAACUCGAAUGCCAGCAACAACAACAACGAAAAAUUGACAAGUCGGCACAAUCUGCAGACACCAAAAACACCUCGCAUGAUUCAACGUCUUGUUGCUGGACAUAUACAAAACACCGAUAGUCGCUCCUCUGCCACUACGAUAAGCAACAGUACUCUUAGCGAACGUGAGUCUAUGACGACGGGACAACAAACUGCUAUACCAUUGGGACAAAGCUAUCGCGACAAUAACCUUAAUGCCAACAUCCGUAUAGAUUCACAACAUACAUCUGCGGGAAGCUCAACUCAAAAAGACUCAGACCAGGAUUACCAUGAUGAUGAUGAGGCUUUAUUAGAAGAUUCCGGAGAUUUUGAUAAUUGGGAUAAUGGCAUUUUACGACUUAGUGCAGGAGCUGGCAAGGAGAAUAGUCCCAAAACCAAAAAGAACAAAGAGGAUUCCAAGAAGACAUUGGCCGAUCAGGUUCGAGAUGGAAAGUAUGGUCUCAUUGAGAAGGAGUUAUUUCGUCGUCCACCCAAAAGACCCGGCGUACUCAGCUAUCUUCCCAAUAAGGAAGUGCCAGAGGAUAAUGAACGAAAUUUCGGAGGUUUAAACGAGGAAGACAUUUGGCUGGCCGAAGAUCAUCUGCUGGUUAUUAAGGGUGGCAGCUUAAAUGAGGACAAUGAAGCCGAACCGUGGCCUGCCAUCGAUGACUACAAUGCUGCAGGCAGGCCAAUUAAAAUUCCCGACAACCCCAAAGUUCCGCCACCAUUUCCUGUCCAGCUCGAAGAAAAUGGGCCCGUACAGCUUAUCGGAAAUAAUAAACUCACGGUCGUCUAUCCGGUCGCUAACGAACCGUUAUCGCUUUAUACCACAGGCCCAGAGGCCCACCACACGUCGGCCGAGAGUGACAGUGACGACGAGAAAAAUCUUAUUGCCCGGCCGGGAAAGAUUAAAGGUCUUAAGGAAAACCACAACAAUAACAACGAACCGGGCUACAACUACGCGUCGCCCUCGCUACCCUGGCUUUCUUCCAACCAAACGACUGGUGAUACGUCCACAUUGAGCCGACCGGUUAAUUUCCCCAUCUUGGGGCCUUUCUUGUAUGGACGCAAUGGCUCAUUGGACAAUGCCACCGAGGACUUUGAUGAAGAUGACCCCUCGCUAUACUACCCGCCUCCAUAUAGCUUUGUUUACAAAAGCAAUUACACAAACCCAGUACCGCCUGGACCUUUGGUACCGGGUAUAGUGGUUCCACCGCCGCCUGAUCAUUUCAGUAGAUUGGAGAAACUCGAAAAGGAAAGAAGACCCAGCGGCGCAUCGAUACCAUCAAGAUAUAGAGGUUAUGGUACUACAACCACCACAACUCCGCCGACAACAACAACGACAUCUACGACGACAACUACGACCACCACCAGCACCACUACAACCACGGAGUCACCAUUUAGACAUUCUAUAACAAAGAUUUCCGAAUAUACUCCAAAGGUUAUAAAUCUGGCUGCCUCUCCGCCAAGGCCAGUGUAUAGCCCAACAGCAUCUCCAGCCAGCAGAUUCCAGCCCCUACCUUCACCCAGCCCCCCACCACCAACGAACUCAGGCAUUGUUCAGCCAGUACCUGUGCCAGUGGCCGUGCCCAUACCCAUCUAUUCGGUUAAUGUGGAGCCCGGCACCAUAUCAUUUGUGCCCACCACACCACAAUCUCAAAUCGAAUCCUUGUCCAAAUCGAAUCCCAUCUACUACGAAUACUUUGAGGCCAAACGUCAGCCGGGAGGCUCACAUCUUAUUGAUGAUUUUCUAUCGAGCACGGAGAAACCCUAUCCCACCCCCUCGCCCAAGCCCAUCAAAUUGUACAGCACCAGCAAAAGGCCAUAUAAAAAUCGCAAUUAUCCACAGCCUUUGGCUCCCAAUCAUCGCUAUGUGGACGAAAAUGUGGUGGUCAUUACGCCCAAGCCAGAAGUUCGCCUCAAGCAGAGGCCCUACUACAAACAAAGACCUUUGCACAAUUUCGAACAGGAUGUCCAGAAUAUCAGAGAUAGCCUACGAUAUUAUCAAAAUCAGGAGCUUCGUGAUAACAAUAUACCUCGCACCCCUAAGGCCAAGCCAGUCUUUGACUACAAUUUUGACUCUUCCAAAUCGGUGACCAAUGCUGAGGGUGUGCGCAACACUUUUCAACCUCCUUUGGAGUUCGAUGUGGAACCUUUCCAACCUAUGGUGACCUAUAGUCCACCGGCGAGCGAUGAAGAUUCCUUCAAAGCUGUCAAUGUGGAUAAAGUGGACGAGUCGUCCUCAUCUUUACAAGCCCAGGGGCGUGAAGAGCUCGAAGAGCAAUAUGAUUCACAACCCAAAUAUAUCAGCACUACUACCCUGGUACCGGUACAGCAACCAGAACGCUCCAAGAAAAUAAGAGUAGGGGCCAAGUAUUUGCAGCAGCCUCAGCAGCUACAUGUGCAUCAGUAUCAGCAGCAGCGACAACAGCAAUACUCACAACAGCAAUACCAACAACAUCAGGAAUAUAAUCGAUGGGUGGCCGUCAAUAAACAGGAGUUUGGAGGCUACACACCCCAGGAAACUCUGCCUCCCAGGGAACGCUAUCAGGAGCCUCAACGCAAUCGUGACUACAGCGGUUACUACUAUGGACCCAGUCGACAAAACAAUCGCUUCUAUGAGGAACCCUUCCAGACCACCCCUAACCGUAAAAUCGUCAACUAUCGACCACAGCAACAGCAGCCAGCGCAACAGCAGUUGCCCCAGCACAACCCAGUAUGGAGUUUGGAAAAUGAUACCUAUGUCAAUUAUGCACCCAAUAGGCCACCACUGAAUCCGGAUGCAGAAUUCAUAAAUCCCUAUCAAACCAUUCCAGUGAAUACAUAUCAGGCUCAACCGCCGCAGAGAUUUGCCAAUUAUCAGCAACAGCAACCUCAGUUGUCGGUGCAGCAACAACUGGGUCCACCUCCACCUCCUCCGGCCCUAUCGCAUCAAUCUCAAUAUUAUACUCCCCCACAACGUUUGCCCGGUCGCCAAUAUCAAACGCAGCCUGGACCAGCCCCAGUGUCUCUGCAUCGUGAUAUUCUGGUUAACUAUCGUCAACCUUUGCCACCUAUAAAUCCGGACAGCGAAUACAUCUCCCAUCCCCAGGUGGUGCGUAAUCAGCAAGGAGUCAAUCCCUAUUAUAGACCUCAAAACACAUAUCGCCAGUCAGCCCCAGCCAUACCGGUGCCCAAUCUUAACAUCGAAGGUGAAGCGGAUGUGUAUUUUUUGACCCCUAAAUUUAGGCGGGCCAAUAACCUAAACAAUAAUCCCAGUAAUCGAAAUCAAGCACCACAACAAGUGCAGCAGCAGCAGCAACAACAACAACAGGGUAGCAAUGGCAAGUAGAAGGAUCAGACACAGAGUUAUCUUAAUGAAGAAAUCUAGGGGCGCCGACAAUGGUGUCCUUGUUAAAUCUUUCAGCGGCAGUGACUAACAAUUCCCUACCAUUAGACGUUCGUUUAGCAGACUUUGGCUGUUUAAGCUUCAAAAAAUGGAGUUUGGUAGUAGUUAUGGGUUGUAAUUGUUUAUAUAUUUCAUUUAAUUUGUCUUUGCUAAGGCAUUGGACAUCUGAAAAAAGGAAAAAUGGUAAAAACUAAAAUCCUCCUAUCUAGCAUUAUUCAAGGUCAGAUAAUGAAACAAUUUCUUUGCUUUGCUAACCAAUUGACACAAGAGAUCAGAUAUUAACGUAAAAAAAGAGUCUUCUUUUGGUGGUUUCUUUAACCUACUGAAAAAACAUUUCCUACAAGUUUUUUUUGGAUUUUUUGACAAAAAAAUUG